AUUGUUAAAAAUAGUAAAAAACUGUACAUGGAAAAGAUGGAUUUUAUUUAAAAUUUUCAUAAUAAAGCUAUAGUUAAAACUUAUGAUAAAUGAAAAUGGAGUAUUACAAUAAUAUUCUUCAUAGAUUGAAAAAAUAUAAAAAAAGAUAAAGAUAAAGUUGAAGGGAAUUGUUAAGAGUUAUUCUUGAAAGUAGAAGAAGCGUGUGGAUUGGACAUGGGCUUAAAGACACACAAAUUCUUUCUACGAAUUUUGUUAAUUUUUGUUAUAUUUCCUUCUUCACUAUUCCGCUUAGAGCACAACACCACGAUGACGACCAAGGCCAUGGAGAGAGGAUUUAAGCUGAUUCUGGGUUCUCAAUCCAUGGCGAGAAAGAGGAUUUUGGCUGAAAUGGGAUAUGAUUACACUAUCGUGACUGCAGACAUUGAUGAGAAAGCUAUUAGGACAGAGAAGCCUGAAGAUUUGGUUGUGGCUCUUGCUGAAGCCAAGGCAAAUGAGAUUAUAUCGAAAUUGGGAGGUGAGAGCCAGUUUGCAAAAGAUCCUCAACCAACUCUUUUGAUUACUGCAGACACUGUUGUUGUGUACAAAGGUGUUAUUAGAGAAAAACCAACCACUAAAGAAGAAGCUCGUGAAUUUAUCAAAGGCUAUUCCGGUUCACACGGAGGAGUUGUGGGAUCUGUUCUUGUUAGAAACUUGAAAACUGGAGUUAAAAAAGGAGGAUGGGACAAAGCUGAGGUUUAUUUCCAUGAGAUACCAGAACAAGUCAUUGACGGUCUUAUUGAUGAUGCAAUAACUUAUAAGGUUGCUGGAGGUUUAACACUGGAGCAUCCCCUCAUUUCACCCUUUAUCGAUUCUGUGGUGGGAGGGGUUGAUACAGUCAUGGGACUUCCUAAAGAACUCACAGAAAAAUUCAUAAACGAUGUGUUGUUGUAGCUCAAGUCCCUUUUUGAUUAUGUAGGAAUACUUUUGAAUCUCUCUAAUCAAUCAUUUAUUUUGUAAUUUGGUAAAACACAGAUUUAUCGUAUCAUGUUUUUAAGUAGUGAUGAUGUUUUCAGAUUUCAAACUCUCAUAAAGCAAUUGAAAUGUGUCAAAGUUUUUGCA